UUUAAACUUUAAAAUAGUGCUGUCAAAAUCUGUCUAUAGUUUAUUCGUACGUUUUGUUUAAGAAAUAAAUGUUUUUUUUUAAAUAUUAUGUCUACAAAGUGCUAUGACGAUAUUCUUCCAGACGAUGGUAGAAUUUUUGACCGUGUUAAGCUAUGGAGUGAGUUUUGUGAGAAAUAUAAAACAGAUCCUCUAGAAUGUGAGAUAAAUUUUAAAGAUCUGGUUGACGCUAUUUCUGAAGAGGAUUCAGUUGAAUCUUCUAGUAAUUCUGAAGAAUUUGAAGAUAAUUCUAUACCUGACGAAAAGCAAGAUCCUGAAUUUGAUAUUCAAAAAGUGUUAAAUAGUACUUUACAAAUAAUGCACACGCGAGAGGAUAAUUGGCGGAGAAAUGGCAUCAGCCAGGCCAUGAAUUCUUUUGACAUAAGCACUUCUGAGAAAGUUCAAAAUUGGUUAAAAGAAAAUAACAAGUACAAAAAUUGCAAUGAUUUUCCAAAAUCUAAAGAACCUGUUGAUAAAAAAAUUCUGAUGGAAGAGGAAUUAAACCGGAAUCAAUGUUCCGACGACGAAUCUUUGCAAUCAGUCAACACAGCCAAGUAUAUAUUAUCUAAUAGAAAGAAAAUUCGUUCAAUCCAUUGCAGUUCAACCACAAUAAAACAAUUUUGUUUUAAUAGACAACAGAGUGUUUCAAAUGAAUUCUAUAAUAAAAGAGCAAAGGACACUUUUCAACGCUUUAAAUCUUUAAAACUAAAUAGCAAUAUUAAAGAAAAUAAUUUGAAUGUAAUAAACGAAGAAACACCUCUUAAGUAUAGACAAAAAGUUAAACUUAAAAAAAGAACCCUGCACUACAGUUAUUUUGAAAGUUCAAACGAUAGUACCGAUCAGUCUAUCUCAAGUAUUAUACACGGCAAAAAGUCGUGUUAUAAAAGACCUUCGUACAAAAGUUAUAAAAAAUUUAAUAAAGACUUUGAAGUAGGACAAAAACACCUUAGUACCAAUAAAAAUAAAAGUUCAAAUAAUAAAAUAAGAAACCAGACCACUUCAUUUCAAUCAGAAAUUGAUUUUGAUAUUAAUAGUAUUAUUAAUUCUACCGAAAUAAUAAAGAAUAAAAACAACAAGUUUUAUCAAGAAACAGAGGAGCUCCGAUCGAGAAAUUUUUACACAAAUGAUAACAGUAACAUUCCAUGUAGCACUUGUAGAAAUAAAACAGAAAAUAAAACUCAGUAUGCUGAAAGAGUAAAUCCAGGAAAUAUAUACAACAAGAGGAAUAAGAGCGAUAAAAUUUCCAAAAAUUUAAAACGGAGAAGUAACAAUCAACAUAGAAGCUUUAAGGACUCAAACGAAAGUUUUGGUGACAAUAGAAGCUGUACGCUUAAUAGUAGCAAUAUUUCAAGUUUUGAUUCAGAUAAAUCCCAAAGUAGAAUAGAAUCUUUCAUUUCUAAAAGACGUAAAACAUAUUUUCAAAAGCAAAGAUCAGAACAAGUUACUAUCUUUGACAGAAGUGUGGCAACUGAGGUAAAAGAUUACGCACAAAUAGUAAGAACCAAAAAAGAAACUGCUUCGAGAAAAAAGGACAAAAAUAAAAAGCAGGGCGAAGAAAUUAUACAUAAUGGUAAUAAUCAAGCAGGAAAUCGUGAAGUAAAUGAUGAAGUUUUUGGUAAAAAUACGAAAACUUUAAAAGAAUAUCGAACAAAAAAAUCACGUCGACUGAUACUAAUAUCGAGUACCGAAAGUAGCGAAAACAGUUUUUCUCAUUCUAGGAAAAACUCAAUUAUAAAUUUACGAAAAUGUGCUGGCUCAAUGGAAAACAAUAGAAGUGGACCUUUAAAAACUCUGAAAAAUGAAAACACACUAUACAGCAGUGAGUCAUCAUCUACAAAUAUGACUUCAGUCUUUUCGAAUCCAAAAAACAAUGAAAAUGUGAGAAAAGUUAAAAAACUAAAAUGGAAAAUUCAUGAUCCAAAAGAAAUAUCAGAGACAUCAAAUUUUGAAAAUCUUUCAAAAUUUUCCGAGCCGAGAGUACUUCCAUCACUACAAACUUUACAAAAACAUAAAAGUAAUAUAUUAGAAAAAGAAAAGCUACUAAAUCUUGAAAAUUCGAACCAAGCAGCAGUUCACAAGGUACAAGAAACCAAUAAAUUGAUUAAUUGCUCUAAAGAAACAAAAGGGUCAAAAGAGCUAAAACAAGAUAAAGCAGAUAUUGAAAGCUAUUCAGAAAAUUCUAGAGUUAUAGAAGAAGCUAAGCAAAAACCCAAAAAUGCUAGCUUCCAUGGGAAAGCUUUAAAAAAUGAAUUGGAUGUGAUUGUAUGUAACAAAAAUGAAGGGAGUAAAACUGCAUUUUCAAAAAUAACUCUACUAGCUGAGAAAAAUGUAAAUAAUUCAAUUCAAACUCCAAAGAACUUGAGAAAAAAUUCAAUAAAUCGGUUAAAUAAAUGUAGCGAUUCAAUAAAUAGUUACUCAAACAGGACCCCUACAUUAGGGAAACUAUCUUCAGACACGGUUACAGAACAGCAUAUUGUGCUGUAUGACCCAAAAGAUGACACAAUAAAGCAGUUUGAUACUGGAAAGAUUGUUAUAGAUGAGUCUUUAUUAAAACAGAAACUAGGUGUAGAAUUAAUGAAAAAAUUUUUAAAAGAUAAAAAGACUUACAAACGAAUAUGUGACUCGGAUUCCAGAGUCAUAUUUGUUUUGCCAAAUGAAAAGAAAGGAAGUAGUAGUUCUGAUUCCGAAGAAGACGAUUUGGACAAAAUUUUCCAAGAAAAUGGUGAUCAACAUGGCAAAAUAGUAGAACUCUUUAAAUAUAAAAAGGCUUAAUUUUCAAAUUUAAAAAUAACUUUUUUAUUAUCUAAGUUUUAUAAUCAAAUAACAAAAUAUAAAUAAAAUUAUUUUUGUGAAAAUAUUUUG